UUUAACAGUAUCUCGUCGGUGUCUAUAGUCACUGGGUACAGCAUGCCGUUAGUUGGAUGCAAUAACUGAGGUGACGCUGAAAUCAUUUUCUGUUCGGCCUAAUUUUCGAUGAAACAUUGACUGUUUUACCGACGCGGAAUUCGGAGUUCGGUUCAUAAUUCUUUAAAUUAAACUUAUUCCUCUGGGCAUUCUCAGCUAAACGCUAAACACAGUAUUCCACAUUCUACUGAUUUACUUUGACUGACCUAAUAUUUUUUUGUUUAUUAAGGAAUUACCAUUCACAAUUUAUACACUUUUUUCAUCUUUCACAUACGCUAACACUUCCGCCAUUAUGAAUGUUAUUUGUCAUUUUUAUCUUAUAUUUAUUACGAUUCGGCUAUACUCGGUUCGAUUCGGUAAUGUUCUGCUUAGCAGCAGGAAGUAACUGCUCAGUGUAUAUACAUAUAUAUAUAUAGAUAUCAGAACGGUGUUUGAUUGAUGUUUUUUUAAAGUAGAAAUUAAAUUGUUUUAAUUAUAAAUUAUACAAUUAAUGAAAUCUCAAUGACUUAAAGAAUGCUGGGUCGUAUGAAAUUAAUUCUAUGCUUUUGCAUCGUUUUAUGCGCAUCGAGCAUUAAAGCUGAUGAUAAUCAAGUUUCUUUAACCAAACUUGGAGGAAAAGGACCGACUUUAAAAUUCUUAUACUGUUAUUCUUGCGGUUAUAGAAGAGUUUAUGAAGAUUAUGUCAAUAUCCUUCGUCAGAAAUAUCCAGAGCUACAAAUUGAGGGAGAUAACUAUGAUCCUCCUGGAUACAAUAUGCUUAUUGCUAAUAUACUAGCUUUUGUUAAAAUUUCCUUAAUAGUGUUAAUUAUAAGUGGAAUCGAUCUUGGGCAGCCAUUACCAUCGCUAUGGCAAUGGUGUAUAGAUAAUCGAUUUUAUUCCUGUAUCAUGAUAUUUUUCAUUUGUAACGCAAUAGAGGGGCAACUCAUAUCAUCAGGAGCUUUUGAAAUAUACUUCAAUGAUGUCCCUGUAUGGUCGAAACUGGAAACUGGUAGAAUACCACAACCACUUGAACUUUACCAAAUAAUAGAUACUCAUUUAAAUAUGCAAUAUGCAGAUGUAGAUAUAGGAUAGAUUAAUUUUAAUAAGAAAUUCAAUGGCAUUUUUAUUUGUACCAAAUGUUAUUCACUGUAGUUGUA